GGCUGCAACGGAUUCACUUGGCUCUCUCUCUCUCUCUCUCUCUCUCUCUCUCUCUCUCUCUCAGAAAUGGCUCUGCAGACUGCUGCUGCUCUCUCUCCUCGUUCCAUUAGCUCCUCAACGACGUUACCCUGCGCCGCGAAGCAUCCGAUCAUUUAUUCUUCUACUUCAAGUUCAAGCUGCUUCCUCUCGCAGGCGCAGAGGAAGAAUGUGGCAGUGGGCUUCAGUGGUGUAACAACCAGUAAGAGGAAGCGGGCCUGGGCCUCUACGGUGAAGUCGAGCUUGGACACUGUAGGCCCCACUGUCAAUGUUGGUCAGGUCACGGAGGUUGACAAGGACACCUUCUGGCCCAUCGUCAAGGCCGCCGGCGAUAAGACCGUCGUCCUCGAUAUGUACACGCAAUGGUGUGGUCCUUGCAAGGUGAUUGCUCCAAAAUAUCAAGAAUUGUCAAAGAAAUAUCUUGAUGUUGUAUUUUUAAAGCUUGACUGUAACCAAGAAAAUAAGCAGCCAUUGGCAAAGGAGCUUGGGAUAAGGGUGGUGCCAACUUUCAAGAUUUUGAAGGACAACCAGGUUGUAAAAGAAGUGAAGGGGGCCAAAUUCGAUGAUUUAGUUGCUGCCAUAGACGUUGUUAGAUCAAGCUGAAACGCCUUAAAUUUUUCUCCAUGAGAUAAGAUGUUAAUAAGGCAAGGAAAAACGUCUGUUUGGAACUCUGACUAUUAUUCUAUUUGUAUCUAUGUAUCCAUGUGACGCUUCCUUUGCAAUUCUAGUUGGAACUUGAAGGAGAAGAAAUGCAACCAUAAUCUGCUUCAUAGAAA